AUGAAAGGUAAGUUGGGAAAGAAUCUCUGGGGUGAAGAAUUAGUUAUAUUAGCGAAAGCCUCAAUGGAACCAGCUGUAACAUAUGUAAAACAAGUGCUUGAUAUCAUAAGCAAGGCGAGCAAUAAGGGUAUAAAAGGAAUUGCACACAUACCAGGUCGCGGGUUCAUAGAUACUAUUUGUCGUGUUUUCGGUAUAGGGCUUGGUGCUCUUGUUUAUAACGACUCUUGUUCGGUUCCCCCUGUUUUUAAAUGGAUCCAAAAGGCUAGAAAGAUUGAAGAUGGUGAAAUGAAAAGGACUUUUAAUAUGGGAAUUAGGAUGGUUUUGGUUGUUAGUAAAGAGGUUUCUGAAAGGGUAGUUAAGGAAGAAGGUCAGAUGGUGUAUUGUGUUGGUGAAGUCUUUUCAGAUUCUCCACGUGAUUCAGUUCAAUUUAUUGAAUGGUCACCUUCAUCUUGCCCUCGUGCCUUGCUAGGAGAAGUUAGAAAAUAUGGGACUACAAGUGCACCAGGACUAUAUGCACCACUUAACCAACAUUUUUUUGUUGCUAGAAUGGACAUGGCAGUUGAUUGUAAGCCUGGAGAAGCAUACAAUCAGGUUGUUGAAGUUGAUGUUAAAGUUGAAGAACCAGGAAAAGACAAUGUUCACAACAACACAUUCUACCCACAAGAAACACUGCUUAAAUCCGAAUCACAAGCAAUGUGGGAUUGUAAUCUGUUAUCUGCUUGCCAUUGGAUCUUAAAUGGUCAUAAGUCUCACAUUGUGAACAUUCUUGUCAAUAAUGCUCCUGGAGUUCUCAACCUGGUCACGAAAGUUAUAUCCACAAAGGGUUACAACAUCCAGGAAUAUUUCCGGCAAGGUUUUAUGCUUUGGUUGUCUUCCUCAAUUCGUCUUCCACUCUUCCUCAUGAUCACCUGUGGACAUUCGCCUCUAGACAUCUUCCUUUUUGCCUCUCAUCGCUUCCUUCUUGCAAUUUUUAAUAAGCACCAGGUUGGUGGUAGCAGCAGGGGACAAAAUGCACCCACCCAGUGUUUCUUUCAUGGAUGCAGUUUCUUGGAAAUUGAUCUAGGCCAUUUGAAAGGGACCAAUGAAGUUAGUUGGCAUGGACCUGCGGAAGAUCAAGCAUAUGUUCAUCGUGACUACUUUCUUGGAUUUCCUUUUCACUAG